AUAUGUCGGAAGAUAAAUAAAACAAACAAAAAAAACAUCUUCAUUCAUCACUACAUUGGCGAUGAGAGAGCUUUCGGAGCUCAACAGAGACGAUGAUGAACACGUAUGGCUCAAGCACUAUUCAUCCAAGCAUCAGAUACUUCUAGUAGGCGAAGGAGAUUUCUCCUUCUCUUGCAGCUUAGCCACUUGCUUCGGCUCUGCUUCCAAUAUCUACGCUUCAUCUCUCGAUUCAUACGAUUAUAAACCUGUUAACAAAGGUUGUAGCUUUAUGUUUGAUUUCCUCAGUUGUUGCAUGUCUUUUAUGGUAAUUGAAGCAGAUGAUGUUGUUAGAAAGUACAAGAAGGCAAGAUCAAAUCUUGAAACUUUGAAGAGACUUGGAGCUUUCCUUUUACAUGGAGUUGAUGCUACCAAACUGCUACUCCAUCCUGAUCUUCAUUAUAGAAGAUUUGAUCGUGUCAUCUUCAACUUCCCGCACACCGGUUUCCACGGCAAAGAGUCUGAUCCCUCUCAAAUACAGAAGCAUAGGGAACUGGUGUUUGGAUUCUUCCAUGGUGCAAGCCAUAUGGUAAGAGCUGAUGGAGAAGUUCAUGUCUCUCACAAAAACAAAGCACCUUUUUGUCAUUGGAAUCUUGAGGAGCUCGCUAGCAGAUGCUUUCUUGUGUUGAUUCAACGUGUGCCAUUCGAGAAGAGAAAUUACCCUGGUUAUGAGAAUAAGAGGGGAGAUGGGUCUAGAUGUGACCAACCUUUUCUUUUGGGAGAGUGCAGUACUUUCAAGUUCAAAUUCUCUCUUGUGGCUAAAGAGCUUUAUGCAGAGAAGGUGAAAGGGAGAGAAGUGAAGGAAGGAGAAUCAAAGUGUCCACAAGAUUUUUCAACUCGGGCGAUGAAUAACAAACAUGCCCAUUUUGAAGAUAGCUCGAUACAUCUUGAAUUGCCCAGAUGCACUGAAAGAACCAAACAUCAUCGUAAAGAACACUUUCUUGAAUGCACUAAACGGUUCAAUGGAGUUUCACUUGAAAUGCAUAAUGGAGAAUUACAAAGAGCGGUAACACGGACGAGCUUUCCUCAUCAGUACACUAAAGAAUCACAAGAAAGACACUCUCUGCUUUGUCAAGAACCGUUCCCCAAACGCUCUCUCCGCUUCAGUGGAGUUUCUCAUGGAAUUCAUAAGGGGAGAGUACGAAAAAUGUUGAUACGGAACAGCUCUGGAGAAUCACGAAAACGAAGGAUGAGGAGGCAGAGGAACAUUAAAAUCAGGUAAAUCCUUGAUAGUUGCUUAUGUUAUGAAAUAAGACACGCUAAAUCGAUACUGAAAUUUUCUAGGUGACUGAUCUCCAAAUAAUUUCAAGGAGCUUCUGAGGAUAACUUUGAUGGAAACAAGAUGACUGAGACUUGUACUCACUAACAAAGCCUGCAGUCUAUGUUCUCUUUUGUUUUUUAGGCUGAUUACUGAUAGCUCAAAACCGCAAUGGUCUCUAUAUGGAGAUGAUUUUUGUUGUAAUUUUGUGUAUUUAUCUGGUUAUUACCUUUUGGAGAUUAUGAAAUGAUUGUGAGUCUUGCGACUUGCAUUGUCUUAAGGAGAGAUAUCCCUGAAAUUUCUCAUUAUUAACUCUCUUGUGAUAUAUCCACUAAGACUCUACGCGUGGCCAGAAGGUUUGGUAGGACUACUAAUAAGGUUUGGAAUCGUACAACAAACAAAGUACUUUGUUUGUUGUAACUUAUAAAUAUGGUUUUAAUCA